GUAUCCGAACUUGGAGCCGCGAACAAGCAUUGCACCCUCUCAAACGGCCUAAAACCCUAAAAAUAAAACCUAAAAGGGUUUCUUUACAACACUGGUGGUGCUACUGCCUUCUCCUGUAAUUGGCCUGAAAAAAUGCCGAUUUCAAAGCAGAAGAAGAAAUCUUCACCAGCAACAACAGUAUCCAAAGACAAUGAUGCCGACCUCCUUCAAUCAGAAAUUGCCAACUUCGCCUCUUCACUCGGUCUAUCUUCAUCUGUUCCCUCCGCCGGCUUUGACGACUCCGAUUUCCGUAAACGAGCUCCGAUCAAGAAAAAUCCUAAAGUUGACAUCAAGAAGAACGAUGAAAAAUUUAAAGACAACAACAAGAAGAACACCGAUAAAUUUAAAAACAAUAACAAGAAAGAGAAGGAAGAGCCUCCCAAUCCACAGCCUAAGCCCAAGGCUCAGAUACACUUCUCUGUUGAUAAUUCAAAAAUGUUCGAUAAAUUCAAGAAUCUUCCAAAACUGCCUCUGAUAAAGGCAAGUUCUUUGGGGGUUUGGUACGAUGACGCAGCUGAGCUGGAAGAAAAGCUGAUUGGAAGCGGCGUGAAUAGAAAGAAAGUUGAGUUUAAGAACGUGGAAGAAUGGAAGGUUUUGGUGGAGAAGAAGAAGGAGCUUGCGGAGAGGUUGUUGGCGCAGUACGUACACGAUUACGAGUUGUCCAGAGGACAGAGUGGCGAUAUUAAGAUGGUAUUGGCUACACAGAGGUCCGGGACUGUGACUGAUAAGGUAUCGGCGUUCUCAGUUCUUGUUGGUGACAAUCCAAUUGCUAAUAUCAAGUCAAUUGAUGCACUUGUAAGUAUGGUGACUUCAAAAGUUGGUAAACGUUAUGCCUUUACAGGAUUUGAAGCACUGAAAGAAAUGUUCAUAUCAAGUCUAUUACCUGAUCGUAAGCUGAGGACACUUUUUCAACAGCCUUUGAAUCAUCUUCCAGAUUCAAAGGAUGGCAAUUCGCUUCUACUAUUCUGGCAUUGGGAGGAAUGCCUAAAACAGAGGUAUGAGCGCUAUAUAUUUGCACUUGAAGAAGCUUCUAGAGAUGUACUAGCUACACUUAAGGAUAAAGCAUUGAAGACAAUUUAUGCAUUACUGAAGAGCAAAUCAGAACAAGAGCGCCGAUUGCUCUCUGCACUUGUAAACAAGUUAGGGGAUCCUGAAAAUAAAGCUGCAUCUAAUGCUGAUUAUCUCUUGUCAAAGCUUUUGUCAGAUCAUCCAAAUAUGAAGGCAGUUGUGGUUGAUGAAGUAGAUAACUUUCUUUUCAGACCUCAUUUGGUGUUGCGAGCCAAGUACCAUGGUGUUAAUUUUUUGAGCCAAAUCCGUCUAAGUCACAUAGGUGAUGGGCCAAAAGUGGCAAAACGAUUAGUGGAUGUAUAUUUUGCUUUAUUUAAGGUGCUUAUAUCUGAGGCUGGUGGAAAAACCAAGAAGAAGAGCAAAGAAGAUUAUAAAAAACCCCAAGACAAGGAUGCUAAAAAGGAUGAAGAUCCUCAUGUGGAAAUGGAUUCAAGAUUAUUAUCAGCUCUUUUAACUGGAGUCAAUAGGGCUUUCCCUUUUGUUGCAAGCAAUGAAGCAGAUGACAUUGUUGAAUCCCAGACUCCAAUGCUCUUUCAGCUGGUUCACUCAAAGAACUUUAAUGUUGGAGUUCAAGCAUUGAUGCUUCUUGAUAAAAUCUCAUCAAAAAAUCAAGUUGUUAGUGACAGAUUUUAUCGUGCCUUGUACUCCAAGCUAUUACUUCCUUCUGCAAUGAACAGUUCCAAGGCAAAAAUGUUCAUUGGUCUUCUUUUACGAGCUAUGAAAAACGAUCUUAAUUUGAAAAGGGUUUCUGCCUUUGCAAAACGUUUGUUGCAGGUUUCUUUACAGCAGCCACCUCAAUAUGCUUGUGCUUGCAUCUUUCUUCUUUCUGAAGUUCUUAAAUCAAAACCACCUCUAUGGAACAUGGUGCUUCAGAAUGAGUUGGCUGAUGAAGAACUUGAACAUUUUGAAGACAUAGUUGAAGAACAAGAUAAACCAGGUGGUUCUGGUGAAGCUGUUCUUAGCAACAAUGGUGUUCACGAUGAUGAUGAUGAUGAUGAUGGUGAUGAUAAUGACAUGCCAGAGGAUCAAGGUGGGUCUCCAGCAGUCAGUUCUGAUGAUGAUUUGGAUAAAGAUGAUGACUUGCUUGGAUUUGGAGGUUUGACCAAGCUUCGUGAAAGUCAAAGGAAAUCUGGUAAUGAUAAAAGUCAACCACAAGUACAAACAUUGCCUGGGGGAUACGACCCUCGACAUAGAGAACCUACUUACAGCAAUGCAGAGCGUGUAGGGUGGUGGGAAUUAAUGGUGUUAGCUUCACAUGUACAUCCAUCAGUAUCCACCAUGGCAAAAACCCUUCUCUCAGGUGCCAACAUUGUCUACAAUGGAAACCCAUUAAAUGAUCUUUCACUUGUGGCUUUCUUGGACAAAUUCAUGGAGAAAAAACCAAAAGAAAGAAACUGGCAUGGUGGUUCUCAGAUCGAACCUGCAAAACAGCUUGACAUGAGCAAGCCAUUGAUUGGAGCAGAUAUAUUGCAGUUGGAUGAAAUGGAUGUAGCUCCAGAAGACGUUGUGUUCCAUAGAUUUUACAUGAACAAGAUGAACUCUACAAAGAAACCCAAAAAGAAGAAGAAGAAGGGGGCGGAGGAUGAGGCGGCAGAGGACUUGAUAGGUGAAGAUGGGGAAGAAGAAGAUGAAAUGGAGGAUGAGAGUGACAAUGAAGAGAUUGAAGCUAUAUUGGAUUCGACUAAUUCUGCUUUGAAUGCAGAUGGGGAGUAUGAUUAUGAUGAUUUGGAUGAGAUUGUUGAUGGAGAUGAUGAGGAUUUGGUAGGGCGUGAUAGUGAUGAUGAAGGAAUGGAGUUUCCAACAGAUAUUGGUGAUGAAGAUGAUGAAGGUGGUGAUGUUGGUAUUGGGGAUGCAGAAGAUGGAAGUGAUGAUGAAGAGGAUGUGUUUGAGGUUAAACCGAAGAAAAGGAAGGCUGGUGCAUCACCUUUUGCAAGUCUUGAAGAUUAUGAGCAUUUGAUGGAAGAUGAUGAUGAUGAUGAUGAUGAUGAUGAAGAUGAUAAUGGUAAGGACACUAAGAAACAAAAGAAAUCUAAGAAGGGUAAAGGAUCCAAACCCAAGAGGAAGAAGAAAGCAUCCAAUGACCACCAAAUAUUCCUCCGCCGUCAGUAA